AUGGAGCAAGUGGACAUGGUUACAGUACCCUCCACAACAGGGCAGAUGAGUGUUCUUCCGGGGCAUGUGCCAUUAAUAUCCGAGCUGAAGUCUGGCUUGCUUUCCAUACAUGAGGGAGAUGAAGUAACUAACUAUUUCAUAAGCACUGGUUUUGCGUUUGUGCAUUCCGAUUCCAUUACUGAUAUACUUGCAGUCGAGGCUGUCCCGAUUGAGCAUGUCGAUCCUGCCUCUGUCCAGAAAGCGCUUCGGGAAUUCACUCAAAGGCUGGAUUCAGCUUCGACUGAUAUUGAGAAAACCGAAGCCCGAAUAGCAGUGGAUGUUCUAAGUGCUUUAAAUUCAUCUCUCAGGGUCGAACUCGAAUGCAUGCAUCUUGUUGAUAUCAAGUACGUUCUACAUCUCGGUAACCUCACCUCGGUACCCAUUAAUGAUCGCGGAUAUUUGGAGGUCAUCGACACAAGUCGGGAGAAACCUCGAAGAAGGCCAAUUCGGUCAAAGAAUUACUUAUUAAGAAGUCGUAAAACGUCGGAAAUCAAUCAAGAUACCGACAUCGCAAGACAAGCCGACUUCGAUCCGACAGAUGUGACACUCGUCACACAAACAGAGGCGCGCCCAUGCUAA